AAAUUCAAAACAAACAUGAGAGCUCUAGUAGCCGUUUUAUUUAUGGCUGUUGCCAUUGCAAAUGGCGCAGAUGACCAGUGUCCACCUGAACAAGGCGACGACUGGACCAUUGAAAAGCUUCUCCGGCACGAAAACUGUAAUAAAUUUUACAAGUGUACUUUCGGAAAACCUGUAGCUAUGGAGUGCCCAGCUGAUCUGUACUUCAAUUUAGAAACUUGGCAAUGUGACUGGCAAUCAAAUGUAGACUGUACCGGCAGGAUUGUGCCCGAUGAAACUACAACAAGCAGGCCAAUAACAUCAACCACAACAAAAGCUCCAACCACAACCACAUCUACUACCACAACGACACCAACACCAACGACUACAACAACAACGACACCAAAACCAACCACUACUACAACAACGACUACAACAACAACGACACCAAGACCAACGACUACAACAACAACGACACCAAGACCAACCACUACUACAACAACGACACAACAACCAACCACUACUACAACAACGACACAACGACCAACCACUACAACAACAACGACAGCAAGACCAACGACUACUACGACAACGACAGCGAGACCAUCUACAACUACGAACUCACCCUAUCCUGAUCUGAAUGCAAAUGGAUGUCCAGUUGAUCCCCACAUUCAUUGGCUACUUCCUCACGAGCAAAAUUGCAAUCAAUUUUAUUACUGUGUGUGGGGUAAGAAAGUGCUGAGAAGUUGUCCCAGUACGCUCCACUUUAACAGGAGAAUUCAGGUAUGUGAUUGGCCACAAAAUGCCGGCUGCGCUGUUUCCUUUAGCAAACACCUGGACAGUAGGAGAGAUUUGAUAGCCAGCUUGUAAAUGAUCACACGAAAGGAAAUAAGCUCUACAUUGGAUUAGAUUUAUGAACAAAAGUAUUAUUGUAUGUGAUUUAUAAGGAUUAAAAUAUAUUUUACAACUUCUA